UACAUCUAAGUAGUGAUAGUCCAAACGGAGAACGGGACCAUGGUAUACCCACUGCGUUCUCCACUCACAAGGAACCUUCAUUCCACAGUUGCCUACCUUGCUACUUACACAUAGAGCCAUGGCGAAUAUACCUGAUCUCAGCCUUCCCGAGACCGCACCGUCCGUCGCUCGGUAUCGCGACCAGCCGAGCGAGCUGCUACCCGCUGCCCUCUACACCCUCGUGGAUCUUCCCGAUGAUGAGUUGCGCGAGCUACAGCGCAUCUGCGAGACCGGUUGCAUCGACACGGGCUCUUCUCCUGGUGACAGCGUGCGCAUCGCACCGCAGCCACACUUCGUCGGACAACCUCUACGCGCCGUCUUCGACAGUCAUUUGCAGCUCGCGGACCUACAUGAUAAUCAGUACGACCCAACCUACUUCAUCGUGGCCAUCGAGCAGAACUGGCGCGAUCGCGGCGUGCUUCUCGUCGCGCUUGAUGACGAUGACCUCGAGUGCAAAGUCGAUUCGUGCCGUUUCAAGGCGGAGGAUUCUGGCCUAAAUGUCGCGAAUCUACAAAUCUCCAACAUGGGCUGGAGCGAGCUCAAGGAGAACGAACCAGUUGACCGGUCCCAGAGUGACGCUGACGAUGAAAACGAGGGCGACGGCGCCGGCAUUUACGACGACGACGCCAUCGACGAGGAGGGCAACGAUAGCGGCUAGGCGGGAGCGGAACGGAACGCGGACAGCAGCUUAUUUCGGUGCAUCGCUCCUGACGCAUUGGCACACGACCAUGAGCAGGGAUGGAGAGGGAGACGAGGGCGACGGGACCUGACGGGACGGAGGGGUCGAUACCGAUGAGUUGUUCCGCGAGCUUGCGAGGAGUACUUGUGUCGUGUCCAGGAUACCCUCUCUGCCACCUCCAAUGAAAGCCGCAGAACAGGCCUUUGCGCUGCA